CUUGCCUCUUCAUCCCAACUGAGCCAACACCCAGGCUCCCAUCAGCCACCAUGAGCCAGUCCUACUCAAGCAACCAGCGGGUUUCCUCCUACCGCCGCACUUUUGGUGGGGGAUCCCCAUCAUUCAACACCAGGACCUCCUUUGGGUCUAAGGGAGCCUCCUCUAGCUCAGUGUCUUCCAGAGUAUACCAAGUGUCUCGGUCUUCUGCAGCCCCGAGCCUCUCAAGCUUUAGGGCCACCAGGGUCGCCCCAGUAAGAAGCAGCUAUGGAGCAGAUGUUCUGGACUUCAGCCUUGCAGAUGCCAUGAACCAGGAGUUCCUUCAAACAAGAACCAAUGAAAAGGUGGAGCUGCAAGAGCUGAACGACAGGUUCGUCAACUAUAUCGAGAAGGUCCGGUACCUGGAGCAGCAGAACCAGAUUCUUGUGGCUGAAGUCAACAAGCUCAAGGGGAAAGAGCCAACCAGGGUGAAUGAGCUGUACGAAGAAGAGAUGAGGGAGCUGCGCCGCCAAGUGGACCUCGCCACCAAUCAGAGGUCACGAGUGGAGGUGGAAAGGGACAACCUGGUAGACGACCUACAGAAGUUGAAGUUGAGGUUGCAGGAGGAGAUCCAGUUGAAGGAAGAUGCUGAGAACAAUCUCGCUGCUUUCAGAGCGGACGUUGACGCCGCCACCCUGGCCCGCAUUGACCUGGAGAGGCGCAUUGAGUCUUUGCAGGAGGAAAUCGCAUUCCUGAAAAAGAUUCACGAGGAGGAAAUCCGGGAACUGCAGGCACAGAUGCAAGAGCAACAGCUGCAAGUGGAGAUAGAUGUUUCCAAACCCGACCUGACGGCAGCACUCAGAGAUAUCCGGGCUCAGUAUGAGAACAUCGCUGCCAAGAAUGUCUCUGAGGCCGAGGAGUGGUACAAGUCCAAGGUCAGUGACCUCAACCAGGCAGCUCAGAAGAACAACGAUUCCCUGCGCCAGGCCAAGCAAGAGAUGAUGGAAUACCGCCACCAAAUUCAGUCCUACACCUGUGAGAUUGAUGCACUUAAGGGAACAAACGACUCCUUGAUGCGCCAGAUGAGGGACCUCGAGGAAAGGUUUUCUGGGGAAGCCGCUGGGUACCAGGACUCCAUUGGACGUUUGGAGGAAGAGAUCCGUAAUAUGAAGGAUGAAAUGGCAAGGCAUCUCCGCGAGUAUCAGGAUCUCCUGAACGUCAAGAUGGCGCUGGAUGUGGAAAUUGCCACAUACCGUAAACUGCUCGAGGGCGAGGAGAGCAGGAUCACUCUUCCCAUCCAAACAUACUCUGCACUCAGUUUCCGAGAAACCAGCCCAGAGCAGAGAGCUUCAGAAGUCCACACAAAGAAAACAGUCAUGAUCAAAACCAUUGAGACCCGGGAUGGUGAGGUUGUAAGUGAGGCUUCCCAGCAGCACCAGGAGAUCCUGUAAGCCGCCAUCUUGUCUCCCUGGCCGUGGGCACGCAACAGGAAGAAAAGAACACCCACAUGGCACAGCCUGAGUGCAACCCUGCUGGACAAAUGGCAUCUCAUGUUGUACCUUCACCACAUUACCUUCUGCACCUAUCACUUGCCCCUUCUGUCUAAGGACCCCUUGUCCCCAAAGCUCAUAUAGGAGCCGCUCAGUAUUAUGAACUCUCCUGCUAAGAGACAUCCGUGUUGGGGAUGUCUCGGCAGAAAUACAGGGAAACCGGAAAUAAAGUCACAGUCACCCAUACAAAGCCUUGCAGUCCCUAUUCAUUCUCUUAGAUACACUCUAAUGAAAGGCGCAAUAUAGUAAUAAUUUAGUAAUAAACACACAAUUACACAGUAUCCUGCCCUGGUAAUAGAGCAAAUCCUUCAUUAUUAUAUGCCCAACCUCAUCCAUGGAAUCCAUGUUUCCUACAAGGUCCAUUGAUGAUUGUUUCUAAUUAACCAGCCCCUAACAUAUAUAUAUAUAUAUCAUGGCUGUGCAACCUCUGUCCCAACGCUAUUGGACUACAACUCUCAACUCUGACAGUAAAAGAUACUGGACCUGAUAGUAAAGUCUUUUUAGGGCUCAAUAUACCACAAGAGUAGAAGAAAUUGCACAUCGGUUGGGUCUUCGAUGGGCCCUCUACACUUAACACAGGGUCUGCUUCCCCUACUCUUAAGGCCCUGACCACAAACAACAUCAUCCAAUGGGCUGCCUUUACUUAGAUCAGGGAAACGCUAAACAGAGGCUGAUGGGAAGUGUAGUUCAGAAAGAGCUGAAGUAACACAGGUUGCAGAUGCCGUAAAGAGAGACAAAUGUCUACCAAGCCUGAUAAAAAUUCUACUCGCUGGCCAUGCUAAAUCCUAGGAAGCCCCCCACUAGCCCCACACAGGUCAUUCCAUUGGGAAUUUGCUGCACGAUUCUACCCAGAAUGCACUUCACUGAGGGUUCACUGAAGCUUCUGGAAAUCCAGGAAGAUUAAAAAAAAAUAAGUGGAAAAGCAUGUCACAAAUAAACGAGAUAAGAAGGAAACGCUAACGAACGGGAAACAUACGCGGGGGGGGGGGUCUGAGGGGAGAGGAAGGGUUCCGUUAUGUAUCUGCAGCUCUGGAUCUUGCAUAGAACUUUGUUUUGUCUUUUAUUGGGUAUUUCUGAAGGAAGGCAGAUGUUAUUAUCACUAAUAAGGGGGUAGGAACGAAGGAGAAAGCCACUGGUUCAAUAACCUUGCGGCUACGGAAUUCCCAGCACAAUCCCAUUAAAUUCCUAGUGGGGGGGGGGGGAUACAGCACAAGAUCAGAUUUUCUAUUUUUAAUAUAGAAAAUGAAGGUUUCUCCUGGAACCGACAAGCUGUCUAUCAAACGAUAGCUCUAGGGGCUUUUAUUUUUGUUAAUUCCACAAACGACUUAUGUAGGACUCUAUCCGCACACACAGAGUAAGGGAAGGAUACGUAGAACAUUUGUGAUAAAUUUUACCUUAAUAAACCUGUUAAGAUACAAA